UGAUAGACUCGGGUUCGAUCUUGAUUCUUGAGGUACUACCCACGCCGACCGACUCCACGGCAACUCCGAGCUCCCGCCAUGGCAGCAUCGUCCGCCGGUACCUCCUCGUCGUCGCGGGCAAUCCUAUCCCACCGCAUCCCCGACCCAGGUUUCUCCACCGAAGCGUCCUCCUCCUCGCCCUCGGCGCGCGCUGAUGGGAGCGACGAGGACAUGCUCAACCUGGACUUCCCGUGGGUGGCGGCGGCCGAGGCGGAAUCCAUACUGGAGGACGCCGCUGCUACGGAGAGAAUUCACCUUCGCGCCGCGGAGGAGGAUGAAGAGGGGAUAAGAGUCAACCAGGAGCGACAGCAGGACGAGCUGAUGGCAUUGGAAGCAAUAUAUGGGGAUGACCUGGUUGAAUUUAAAAGCAAAGGAGGGCUCCGUUUUUUCCAGUCCUAUCCUAGAAAAGACCCCCCAUAUUUUACAGUCACUGCCAAAUGGAUGGAUGGGUCUCAAGUUUGUCAGAUAUGUGAGAUGCUCGACGACAUCUGGGCACAACUCCCGGGGCAGGAAGUGGUAUAUCAGUGGGUUGAGUGGACCCGCAGUUCGUCGUUGUCGCACCUCUGGAUUGAUGGCAAAAUAAUAUUAGGUCCAGGCAGCCCAGCACACAAAUCAGAUAAUCGUGCUAUCUCAAGAGGUCUCCCAUUGAAUUAUGUAAUCCCUUCGAUGCUCAGCUACAGUAGUAAGAAGCGUCGUAAAGCUUUUCUUGAUGAUCUUCAUAUGUGCCUGAUAUGCCUUACAGAGAGCAAUGGUUCAAACUUCAUCCAGCUGCCAUGCCAGCACUUGUUUUGUGCCACGUGCAUGGAGACCUUCUGCAGGAUACAUGUGAAGGAAGGUACUGUGUUCCAAUUGGUGUGCCCUGGCACCAAGUGCAACGCUUCUAUUCCGCCGUAUCUGCUAAAGAAUCUUCUUAGGGAAGAAGAGUUUGAACGUUGGGAUAGGCUUCUUCUUGACAAAGCAUUGGGCUCAAUGUCAGACGUGGUCUACUGUCCAAGGUGUUCGAUGGCUUGCUUGGCAGAUGAGGAUAAGAACGCGCAAUGUCAAAGUUGUUUCUUUACCUUCUGCUCAGCUUGCAAGGAUCCACGCCAUUUAGGGAGACAGUGUUUAACUCCAGAACAAAAGCUCAAGGCAUCAGGCAAGUUAACUGUGAGGGAGAUGGUGCAGGAGAUGCUGAUGAUCAGAUCGUUAUACAACGAUGCUAGAGCAUGUCCAAACUGCCGAAUGGUCAUUAGCAGAAGUGAAGGGUGCAACAUGAUGUAUUGUGUGAACUGUGGCAAGUCGUUCUGCUUCCGUUGUGGCGAGGCCAUGACUGCUAGCAAUUAUAACCAUUUCAGUAAAUGUGGGCUCUUUGCGCCGCAAAAAAACGACUAUAACACAAAUGAUUUGGAGAAGCGACUGAAAGAGCUAGAAACCGCAGAACGCGUGGCUCAAAUGCAUCCGUUAGGCAGCACCAUCGAAUGCCCGAAAUGCCGUCAGAAAAUUUUCAAGGUAAGGAGACCUGUCUUAUUCAAUCUGCAGCAUGGCAUGAAUCUGCAAGGGAUGACCAAUUUCUAGCAUGGCAUGAAUCUGCAAGGGAUGACCAAUCU